GUUUUUUCUCUUCCCCACAAAAAAUUCUCAGUCAAAACAAAAAAUUUUUCGAACCUGAAAUCAGGAGAAAGAGAUGCUCAGUCUUUGCCACAGAAUCAUCCACCAAAUUUCAUGGCUCCACCUAUUGGUCGCCCUUGUGGCGGCACAGAACAGAACCAAUGCACAGCCGGAACUGAACAAUUUGUACAACAACUUCGACCCGUCCAUGGGGAUCCUGGUGAUAAUCUUGGUGUGCGCUUUUUUCAUUUUAGGAUUUAUAUAUAUUUAUGUUCGUCACUUCACUGAAAGCAGCGUCCCCCUCUCGAGUACCCAUCAGCCUAGCGCAUCUGGUGGGUGUGCAGCUGCUUGCGGCCUUGAUGUUUCUGUAAUUCAGACUUUUCCUGUUUUAUUGUACUCUUCUGUGAAAGAACUCAGAAUCGGGAAAGGAACGCUUGAAUGUGCUAUUUGUUUGAGCGAGUUUGGAGAGGAUGAAUCCCUUCGUCUGCUGCCAAAAUGCAACCAUGUUUUUCAUCGUGUUUGUAUCGACCUUUGGUUGUCUACUCAUGUUACUUGUCCUGUUUGUCGGACUGAGCUUACACGUGCGUCUGAUGAUGGUGAACCUCCCAAGAAUGUUGAUUCAAACACCGAGUUAAACAGGGACUUGAGUCGCGGCAAUGUUGGGACAGAAUACGAAUCAAAUGAUCAGGUUGUGAUUGAUGUAAAUGAAAAUUGUAGCAGAGUAAUGCCGAUUCAGGGUACAAUAGAGGAGAAUCGGCUACCGAGAGCAGCAAUUCCGGUGAAAUUUUCUAGAUCGCACACGACGGGGCAUACAGUUCUGAUUCCACCAGGGGAUAACAUUGAACGGUUACUGGCAAGAGUCAAAUCCACUGAUGAAACAAGUGCUGCCUCAGAAAACCGGCAGGAAGGAAGCUAUGGGCAGUAAUCAUCCUUCGCUUGCUGUGCAACCAAACCACCAAAUGAAGAUGAAGUCAGUUA